AUGGCCUGCCUGUGUGCGCUGGUGGCCCUUGGGCGUCUGGGGUCGACGUGUCGCGCCAGGCACGGCCAUGUGGAUCAGAGGGACCUUAUAUACGCCAUGCAGGAUCACGAGCAAGAAGAUCGAAGUUGGCGUGGACGCGUGGAUGUUAUGGCGGUGGGAAGCGGAACGAGUCAAGCGUGGUCUGAGAGGAUGAGAGGAGCGUUGGAGUCUAUACCAUGA